AUGUCUCGGACGGCGUUGUUGACCCCCAAUGGAAGACGAGUUACGGGCUCCUGGGCCAGCAAAAAAAUAAGCGAAGAAAAGGCAAGAAAGGCGCGCAAACCCUCCGCCCCCAAACCGGGGGUUGAGAAAACGCCCAAGAUGAAAGCGCCUAAGCUGGAAACAUCGCAUGUUGCUAAAAUUCCGUCAGCUUCAUCUAAGGCUAUGCAGGCAGGGGGUGAAAAACAUCGGAUCUCCCCAUCACUUGUUAAGGAAAAUGCGGAGGUGCCUUUUCUAAACACCUCACCCUGUCUUUCGGGGGUGCAGGUCGUGGAGAUGGGCAUCGACGUUGAACCACGGGCUUCGCCUGUAGAACGAAAAGAUAAUCUGAACAGAACUGCCUGUACUCUUCAGGCUAGUAAGAAAAGCGUCAGGAAUGAUGUCAAACAAGCUCAAGCAUAA